GAGGCGGCCGUGGGCAUCGACGCGAGGGCCAAGUGCGAGGAGUACUUCGCCGCCUCCUCCGAGUUCUGCCAGCCGCACCUGGUGCCCGACACUAUCGACGCGCUGCAGGCGAAGCUGCUGGAGAUGCUCGACCACCCGAUGCAGAACGACUGCCCGACGAACGACGGGGGCUACAUGGUGGCGGCCGUGAAGGACGCGCUGCCGUUUGCCGCGGGGAUCGGGAGGUCGGCGGCCAUCGCUUCGGGCAUGGUGGCCAAGAACAUGCGGGGCGCCACGCUGCAGGCGGCGAUGCAGCACUUCACGUGCAUCAGUCCUGGCGCGAUGCGGCAGCUCAAGGUGAAACAACUCAUCCCGCCUCUGCGCGAGGCGGGGCCGCUGGGGCGCCGGGCGCUGCUGCUGGCUCCGGCGCACGAGGGCCCCGCGCGCCCCCUGUCGGGGCGGGCGAGCCCGCGGGCCCUGACCAAGACGGGGACGUCCGACCAGUCGAUCGACCUUGACUUCCCGCCCUGGCUCGGGCCGCUGGUGGGGGCGCGCGCGAGGGGUCGGCGGCCCAGCGAGCCGCUCUUCUCGACGCCGGCGGCCCAGGUAGUCGCCGCGUCCCGUCGCCUGGGCGAGGGGCUCGGGCUGCGCGGGCUCAUGCCUCAUCGGCUCCGGCACGGGGGCGCCAGCGACGACGCGCCGUCGAAGCGCCAGACGCUGGCCGAGGUGAAGGCGCGCGGGCGCCGGGCGCAGGGCCAGUCGGUCCGCCGCUGCGUCAAGCCGGGCAUGGUGCACCAGCUCCCGGGCGCGCUGACGCCG